AUGUAUAGUUAAGAAAAUGAAUUAAAAAAUGCUAUUACUUUUAUAGGAUUAAAAAUUUUUACUUAAUGUACUAUAAGCAAUGUCUAAAUAAAAAUUAGUUUUGGAUAAUUCUAAACGAAGAAGCUAAUAUUUGAAGAAAUAUAACCUAUUAGAUAUAGAUCUAACACAAACGAAUAACUUUAGUAAAAAAUUGGCUAAAUAUAUUUAGAGUUAAGUUCUUUUCCUAACUUGUAGCCAUAUUUAAGAGAAAUGAAAUUAUUUGAAUUAUAAAACUUAAAUUUAAGUAUUGAAAAUUUAGAAAUUUAAAGUAAAAAUUUAUAGGCUUAAGUCAUCUAUUUAGGUCAAAAUUGCAAUAUAAAUAUCCAAAAUUUACAUUUGAAAGAUAGUCUAAUUGAGGAAAAUCUAGUUUAUAAUAACUACUUACAACCUUAUAUAAUGACUUAUAUUAAUAGUGAUAAUAACUUCAAAAUAGACAAUUUAAUUGUAUAAAAUUGUAACUUUAGAUAGCAAUACGUACUUAUUUAUAGCUAUUCAAAUGAUGAAAAAUAAAUUUAGAUAAUAAUUGAUAAUUUCGUUAUCAAAGAUAGUUAUAUUGUGAAUAGUUUGAUAUAUAUUGAUAAUGAAUAUAUUUCAAAUUAGUUUGCAAAAAUUAAUUUGAAAUCAGAAAAUAUUGACUAUGAAGGAAUCAACUCAUUAAUAUUUAUCAAAAAUAAUGUUUUAAUUUUAACUCUUUAAUUAGAGAUAAAUAAUAAAAUAAAAACUUAAAAUGGCCUAAUUUAACUUAGCAAUUAGUAAUAACUAGAUUUGCUGAACAGCUACAUUUUAAUAAAUGAAUAAUCUGAAAUAUCUUUAGGAUUAGGAGGAAUUUUAUAAAUUUUUGAUGUUACCAAUUUAAAAAUUACUGACUUAAAUGUGAUAUCAUAGAGUUAAAGAGUUAUUUAAGGUUAAUUUGGGGGUAUCUUUUAGAUGAAUGGAAUAUAUGAGUUAAAUUUAGACUCAGUUUAAGCAAGAAGCGUAAAAUUUGAAGGUUAAGGAGGAUUUGCAUAUAUUUAAGCUAAUAAAAUUUAUAUCAAAAAUUCUAAUUUCAAAGAUUUCUAUUCAAAAGGCUCAGGUGGAACAAUGUUUAUUAUUUACUUUUAACUUGAUAUGAAAAAUGUUAUUAUAGCUAACUCUUAGUCAGAAUUACUAGGCGGAGCUAUCUAUUUUUAAAAUUAUGAAAUUUAAACUAUCUUUAAUUUUUAGAAUGUUAAAAUUUUAAAUUCAGAAGCUUUUAUUGGUGGCGGCUUUAUUAUUAAUACAUAUGCUCAAGAACUAAUAGGAGUCUCAUUUGAAAAUAAUAAAUCAGUUAAAUAUGAUAAUAACAUCUUUUUCCCAAUAUCAUUUAUCAAUAUAAUAGGUUUUGGAGAGUUUAACCCAUAAUUAGGUGAUGGGUUUUAGCAUAUACCAAAAGAAUUCAGUUAACAAAAUUUUUAUAAUUAGUAAUAAAUUAAUCUUAAAGAUGUAAAUAUCAACUAAAUUUAUUAUUUUGAAUUGGAAUUCGUGUUUACAGAUGGCACAAUUCUAAGAUAUGAAGACUUACAAACUAAAAAUUUUAGCUAUUCCUCUAAAAGUAGCAAGAAAGUUAAAAUGGAUAAAUAAAAAUUCAAAAUAACCAGAUCAAGUACUUUAAAUACUGUAACAAUUUAUAAGUCAGUUUAAAUAAAGAUUAAACUAGAUGCACAAAAUGUCCUCCACAAUAAUUUGAAGCUUGCUAUGCUAACAUAACAAAACUUAAACGAGGAUACUAUUUACCCAAUAAUUCAUUAAAUUUUAGUAAAAAUAACUAAGAUUAUUAAAUUCAAGCAAUAAGAUGUUCUUUCCUUCCUUAGAACUGCAAUGGUGGAACAAAAUUUGAUGACAGUUAAUGCUAUUAAUCUCAUUUAGGUCCUCUUUGUCUUGAGUGUGACAGGAAAAAAAUUAGGUCUAAUACUUUGUACACAAGAAGUAACUCUUUCUCAUGCUAGGAAUGUUAAAAUUUUACAUAAAAUUUGA